AUGGAGAGUCAGAAUGCAGACAAAUGGAGGGAAGCAAUGUUGAAUGAACUCGAAAGCAUGAAGAAUAAUUCAAUAUGGGAAUUAGUUGAACCUCACAACAUCCAUAAAUUGGUAGGCUCGAAAUGGGUAUUUAAAACGAAAAAUGAUAAGGAUGGAAGAGUCGAAAGAUUUAAGGUUAGAUUGGUAGCAAAAGGAUUCACUCAAAGGAAGGGAAUUGACUACACUGAGACGGUUUCUCCAAUUUCCACCAAAAAUUCUUUCCGCAUCAUUAUGGAUUUGGUGGCAUCAUUAUGA